CGGUUUGCAAUCGUAUCAUCUGACUGCUUCUCUGUAGUCCGUGUUGAACCGCAGCAUUAACCUAUCAAUUUUGAGAAAUCAUCAGUUUACAAACAGUUUUUCACUAACAAUUAAAGAGGUAUUUAUUGUCAACGAAGAUGGGUGCUACUACGUUUCAUAAAAUAAUUUUAAUUACGGGUUUCAUCUCGCUGUUUCAUGCGGCAUACUCAGCAGCUCAACAUCGAUCGUACCUACGUAUAACGGAGCAAGAAUUCAUAACUUUACCCAUCGAUAUUUUAACUCAGGGUAUCGUUAGUCUUUUUAUUGUAAUGUAUGCGGUGAUGUACAUCGCUGGUGACUUCAAAGAGAUACGAGCUGCCGUUGACUUGGAAAGCAAAUCGUGGGAAACACUGCGUAAUUUACCAUCUUUCCAAAUUUUCAAUCAUCGUGGUAGAUCCCUAUCACCUCAGUAUUUACCACAGACCCAGAAAUCUGCAAUGGAGGAAGAUUUGCUGCUAAUGAAUUAAUAAUUCAGUUUAUUUAUUGUAUAUUCCUUGUAAAGCAUUUCAGAGCCAUCCUUUUCUUGUUUGCCAUCACCAUUACUUGUCGCAUUUAUCAUUUGUAAUUAUUUCAAGAGAAGGUGACUCAAAAUUCAAACUAAUUGUUGAAAUAAAUUAAGUCAUUGUUUCCUA